GACACUCGCGUAUCUUGACUGCAUGCACACACAGCUUUUACUUUACGUGUUAACCACGUUUCGCGUUAAACGUAACACCUUUUGACGAACUUUUCGUCAACCAGACUCUUUGCGUCUCCGCAAGAAGACAAAACAUGUCGACAGUCUUCUCUUUCCAGACACAGCUUGUCUCCAUCAUGGACGCGUUAUCCAAAACAGCUGUACUGGAAAUAAGCAAACUGGUCGAGAUCGAGUCGAAGAUGCUUAAAAUUGAGAUAACUCGAGGGCGGAACGAAGUCACCUCUCUCACAGAGAAGCUGCAGCUCAUGGAGAAAUUGCUUUACAUCGCACAGGGGGGCAGGACGCAGGACGCGGCGGCCGCAGGCUCAGUGGUGGGGGACGCGUCAGAGGACUCGGGGCUGCAGCCGGACAGGACAAGACCCGCCAUGAAAGGUGAAGGUCCGUGGGAAAGCACCGGUUCCUCCACUGAGGUGAGCAAAUGGCAUCAUUUUCAAGGUGAAGAGCAUGCCAUGGCUGAACUGCCAAACCCACCCAGGGAGACACCAGAACUCAUAGUGGUAAAGGAAGAGCCAUUGGAGGUGGAUAACCGUGAAUGUGAACCGCAAAGGAAAAGUGAAAACAGGAGGGAAGCAUUCACAGAAACUCAGAAUAGUUCAGCAGUGAUGCAGGGUCGGCAACCUGUCACGGAACGCCUGCAGCCUCUGUUUACUGACAGCUUCGUGACCAUCAGCAGCCAGCCGUCCCUCGCUGGACCAGAGAGAAGGGAAACACAGUGGAAUCCACAGCUCGCAACUGCACACACAAACCAAGUGGCUGGGAAAAGCCCGGCUCCAAAUGUUGCCUCCCAAAGCUUAAGUGUGCUUAGGAACCUGAAACUUCACAACUUGAGGAACUCGGCCACAAAGAGGUUUGGCUGCUUGCAGUGUGGUAAGAGCUUCAGAUGCUUUAGCCAGCUUGAAAUACACCAGAGGAGCCACACAGGAGAGAAACCCUUCAGGUGCACGCUGUGUGGAAAGAGAUACUCUCAAAAAGGACAUUUGUACACACACCAGCGCACACACACUGGAGAGAAGCCCUACCGCUGUCCUAUUUGUGGAAAGGGCUUUAUUCAGAAAUGCACUCUGGAUAUGCAUCAGCGUACACACACCGGAGAAAAACCUUUUGUUUGUAUCAGAUGUGGCAAGGGCUUUACGAAGAACUGCAAUCUCAAAAAACACCUUGCUGUGCAUCUAGAUCCUAGUUUUAACAUGUAUGGCAGUGAAUCUAGUGUACCAACAAUUAGCGGGACAUUUGUAAACGGAACCACCUAAAACACACCAUCCAAUGUGACUUCUACUGCUGUUAAUAUUAUUUUGUACAAAAUAUUUCAAUUUAUCUUUGCUCCAGAUUUAAGUGUGUUAACCUGAUAGGAUGAAAUAUGUGUCAACGUAUGUGUUAUCUGAUGCCUUGAUGUUGUGCUACUGUAUAAAUAAAAAAAACAGUUACAGUAUAAAACACAACAUUGUAAACUGAGCCCAAAGACUGCACAAAUCAAUAAAUACUGUGUUAUUGAAAGCUGUGUGCAGAAAGGGGGUUGACAAUCAACUACCAAAAUAACAAAGAAGUCUCUUUGAGCAGGCACUACUCCAGUGGAGGUGUUCAGGAGUCAAAGCAGGACACAAAGCAAUGUGACACAAAGGAGACAGCUGUGACAUUUAUUUAUUAGGAAGCAUGCGUAAAUCCCAAAUGGCAUUGAGGGGCCAAAGAUGGCAAACACUUAGAUUCAGUGUUUAUCUCUUUUGACUACUCACGUGAUUUGGGAACAUUCCUUGAAACUUAAAGCCUGAACAACGCAAAUCUUUUUUGCCCUACUACCCUGAUUACUAGGAUUACAUUGAUGUAACAUGAUGUGGUUUAAAGUACUUUAGAUAUAUAUAUUUUAAUAAACAUGUUAUGAUAUA